AUGGCUGGAGUCCUAGUUUGGCAGGCCGCCUCCACCACCGGCCUUUGCAUCUGUGCGGGCGUGGCCACAGGCAUAGCCUGGUAUACCUACCAGGGACAAAAAAAGCAUUGGCGAUUGGAGGAGAGGCGGCGGCAGGUGGAAGAAAGGGAGGGGUGGGCGGGAGACAGGGAAGGGAGGGUGGGGGUGAGAGAGUUGGCGGCGGAUGAGAAAGAGAGGGCCUUAGGGGAGAGAGAGUGGGCUCUGGAGGAGAGGGAGAGGGCCUUGGAGAGGAAGAGGAGGGAUUUUGAGGUGGAGGCCCAGGCGAGGGCAGCAUGGGCUGAGAGUUGGGGAUGUGAGGAGGGCGGCCGCUCUACCGGUGUUGGGGGCACCGGUACCUCGAGUGGACCCUCUUAA